UUAUUUUGAAAAGUGAAAGAUCAAAACUGCAGUGUACCGCGAGCAGAAGAGAUUUUGGCAUUGCAUUUUUGCUAAUGAACACAAAACUUAGCUGUCUUAAUUCCUUAUUGGUCGGUAAUUAGUUAUCGCCUAGAAGAAAUUGAACAACAUGUCCUUGAAACCAAAACGAAUAGACUUCGAGCAAACCUGGAAUGAACUGAAAGGGACUAUUAAAGAGGUGGUAACUCUCGGUAGAGUGAAACGAGAAGAAUGGAACAGCCGUUUCGUUGAUAUUUAUUCAAUAUGCGUAGCACAUCCGGAACCACUGGCUGAUAAGCUCUAUUCUGAAACGAAAGCAUUUUUAGAAGAACAUGUUCGGAGCUUACUGAGAGAGAAGGUCUCCCAACCUUCCAUCAGCUCAAAUGAUUCCGAACAGUCCGCGUAUGCCUUACUGCAACGCUAUCACGAUGCUUGGGCUCAAUACAGUAAAGGAGUAGAAUUCUUAAACCACCUGUAUCUUUACCUGAAUCAGCAGCAUAUUAAAAAGCAAAAACUAUCAGAAGUCGAAGUAGUUUAUGGAUGCAUUAAUCAUGAUUCUCAGGAACAGCUUGAAAUCGGCGAACUGGGACUCGAUAUUUGGCGCCAGCAAAUGAUCGAAAACGUUGGUGACGCAUUGGUUGCCCAACUUCUAGAAGGUAUUAGGAAUGAUCGCUUAAACACAAACCAACGAACCGAUAUGGAACAUAUAAUCAAAGGAGCUAUUCAAAGCUUCGUUUGCGUGCAGGAAUACAAAAAGAAAGGAUCACUGCAACUAUACCAGCAGACAUUCGAAUCUCCACUGCUGCAAGAUAGCGGAGAAUUUUAUAAGCUAGAAGCAAAUCGACUGUUGCAGGUUUGCACGGUUAGCAGCUAUAUGGAAGAAGUGAUUAAAAAACUCGAUGAAGAAAACAGACGAGCUUUAAAAUAUCUUCACAACAGCUCAAUUCCCAAGCUGCGGAAAGAAUGUGAACAAAGGAUGAUAACGGAUCAUUUAGACUUCUUGUAUUCAGAGUGCAGUGAAAUGGUUUCAUCUGAGAGGAAAAAGGACCUGAAGAAUCUUUAUACGAUUCUCAAGCCAAUUCCUGAUGCACUGAAAUUGUUGGUUCAAACAUUCAUGGAGCACAUAAGGAAUGAAGGUAUUCAGAUGAUUUCCACAUUAAAAGGUGACACGGUUCACGUGCAGUUUGUGGAAGGAAUGCUGCAAGUACACGAAAAGUAUGAAGCGCUCAUUGCUGACACAUUUAACUCAGAUCCAGUGUUCCUAAGUGCUCUCGAUAAAGCUUGCUCUAAUGUCAUAAACUCAAAACUGUGUGAAAAACAACCUAGUAAGAGUGCUGAACUAGUGGCAAAGUACUGUGAUAGCUUGCUGAAGAAGUCGAAAACUACAGAGAUAGAAAUCGAAUCUAAAUUAACAAAAAGUAUCACUAUAUUUAAGUACAUCGAGGAUAAGGAUGUGUAUCAGAAGUUUUACAGCAGGAUGCUGGCAAAAAGACUUAUACACGAUCAAUCUCAAAGUAUGGAUGCCGAAGAAAUGAUGAUAAACAAACUCAAACAGGCUUGUGGCUAUGAAUUUACCAAUAAAUUGCACCGAAUGUUUACGGAUAUAUCGGUGUCUGCAGACCUAAACACUAAAUUUGGCCAUUACUUGAAGCAGCAAAAUAAAGAACUAGGAAUAAAUCUGUCCAUUAAAAUUCUGCAGGCUGGUGCUUGGCCGUUGGGACCCACGCAGGUUACCACCGGGUUUGCAGUGCCUCAGGAGUUCGAGAAGCCAAUUCGAUUGUUUGAGAGCUUUUAUCACGUGAACUUCAGCGGUAGAAAGCUGACUUGGUUGAAUCAUUUAUGCCAUGGCGAGCUAAAAAUCUCAUUUGCGGAUAGAAACUAUAUGGUUACUAUGCAGACAUAUCAAAUGGCAAUCCUUUUGCUGUUUGAAUCUACUGAUAGUUUGCACUACAAAGAAAUACAGGAUUCAUUACAGUUGAAUAAAGAUAUGUUACAGAAACAUAUUCAAAGUCUAGUGGAGUCUAAGCUAUUACUGGUUGAUACUGAGGGCGUGGAUGAAAAUUCGAAACUGUCCCUCAAUAAAAACUAUAUUAACAAAAGAACCAAGUUUAAGAUCACGGCAGCUUUACAAAAAGAAACUCCUCAAGAGAUUGAAAAUACGAUCAAUUCUGUCGACGAAGAUAGGAAGAUGUACCUGCAGGCAACUAUAGUCCGCAUCAUGAAGUCUAGAAAAGUGCUGAGACACAAUGCACUGAUUCAGGAGAUAUUGGCUCAAUCGAAAGUGUCUUUCGCACCAAGCAUUGGAAUGAUAAAAAAAUGCAUCGAAUCGUUGAUCGACAAGCAGUAUAUCGAAAGGACACCCAAUUCUGGAGAUGAAUAUAGCUACGUGGCAUAAAACUGUCUUCUGUAUUUAAACUAAUGAUUGGAAAUUAUUAAUAAACAAUUUAAAAUGUAA